AUGUAGAGGCACAGAAGACUUCCUUAGUCCUCUGAGCUGGUGAAGUAUUGACCACACAACAAGAUGUUUGUCAGAAAACAAUUCCUGAGUUUUUGGAAAAGCCAUUAUAAUAUUGUGGCUGUAUCAUUUUAUUCCAUGAUUCUGAUUGUGCUUGAAGAAAUAAUGGAGAUUGAAUUUAAAUGUCCUCAGAGGUUUUCAUUAAAGCUUGGGUAUGUUCUUUCCUACUUUUUGUGUCCAGCAUUUAUUAUACUUGUCCUGAGCGUGACCUCCAAUCCUGCCUGCAUUACCUGCACUUGCUGCAUUGGGAAAUGCUCAUGGUGCCGGACAGCUGAGAUAAUUUUUAGGAUAUUGCUCCCUCCUCUGAUCUGGUGUGUGAUCCUACUGUGUGAUGGCAGAUACAUAGACUGUGUGGCUUCAGGAAAUGAAAGAAACAGCAAGCAAAAUGCAAACCAAAGCACAGCAGCAGAAUUCCUCAGUGAAUCCUACACGAUAUCUCAGAUUGCAGGGCUGGCUGUUCUUGCUGUUGUCAGCCUUCUUUAUGGCCUGUACCGCGUGUGCCACUUCUGGUUGUGCCGUAACAAUAAAGAACAUUGGAAAGAGGACCUGGGGAGCCUGUUAGAGAAAGAAGUAAGGAAACAUAUUAAAGAAAUGAAGAAAGAGGGUGCAAAGGACUUGAUGGAAAAGAAAGUGAAACCUUCUCUCCAGCAAAUCAGUACUGAUUUCUGGAAAAAUAUAGAUUACAGAAAUACAGCAAAAAAAAUAAAGGAAGUUGUAGAGUCUGUCAUUACAGAUACAAGGGAGAGACAACAAGCAGUUAAACAAGGUGAGCAUCUUCUUGAAGAGACCACAACAGAACCGACUUCAGAAACUACAAAUUAGUUCUGCAAGAUGUGGGCAGCUACUAUUAUCCCUCUUCCUAUUUCUUUGUCCUCAUUUUGUUGCUCUUUCACCUCUCUUUUUUCACCACGGUGUCAGUUUCUGGUCCCAGUUUUCCUAUAUCUGUACCCCACACUGGUAGUUCUAAUCCUGUUACCUAGACAAUCGCAACUACUCCGGCAAUGUCAUUGCAUAAAGCAAGGAAGAAAUAAGGAAAGAAGGAGGAAACAUCUUCAGGUCUUAAAGGGCAGAAAAAAUGUGAGCUGGUACUUCCUAAACAUUGUGCUGGUUUGCACUGUUUCUGCUUGCAAAGAAUUAAU